UGAUUUCGCAGCUGAUUUUCGGCGCAUUUUCACAACAUUGCGGGCUUCUUUCGAACAUUUUGCGAUCAUUUUACUCGAUUUACGUAAUCCGGAGCAGAUCGUUGUCGUGGUGAAUCACCCCGGCGCGAAGGCGAGAGCUGCAAACCAGUAUUGCCCCCCUCCCGCUGGCCAUGUCACGAUCCGCCCAAGAAAUGCUGGCGCUGCUGCGCGGACUUCAAAUCGUGAUGGAGGCGUGUGGGCGCGAGCAUCUCGCCCACGGUCGUCAUCUUUGGAGCAACUCGAGCAUUCGUGAGCUCAUCGCCGCCAAUGCCGAACACACGGCGCAGCUGGUGAGGAAAUCUGGUCAAAAUCCCACCGACGAAUUGAGAAAACUGCAACUGGCACUCCAGGAAACCGGCGAAAGGGGCUACGUGGUGGCCAAAGGCAUCUGUUCGCUCCUGGACGCCAAGGUUAAGCUGUCGCGCAAGGAAUCGGGCACUUCGGAGGCCAGUUCAUCGGCAUCGGCCAGCGUCACGAAAAAUAAACCCCCCUCCACGGUGCAUAAUCACAGCAACUGGGACGCCGCCAAUCUGGAUAUAUCCUCCAUAACGCUGCAGGAAUUCGAGGAGAUACUCUCGCGCAGAAACAAGGAUCGCAGUGUCAGUCUGCGCACCCCGGCCACCAAAAGCAGUCAGACCAAGAUGGCCCAGGGGCCGGGCAAGCCGACGGAUGCGGGCAUCAUUACCCAGGACACGGAGUAUGUCAACAAUGUGCUGCGCUUUGUGGCAGGCGCCAAGGCAAAGGAUCAAUCAGAGCCAGAACUAGAAGCAGAACCAAAUAGGCAGCCCAUAGAUGUGCCCGCACUGAGCCAGGUGGCCAAGCAGCGGAAGGUGCCGUCGUCGCGCAUCGGCAGGAUGGCCUCCUUUGGCGGCCUGUUCGCCGGUUUGGGCGUGGGCACGCUCAGCGAGCUGACCAAGGGAGCCCUCGGCCUGGGCGGAUCCACAACGAUGCGGGAGGCCCUACUCAGUCCCGCCAAUGCCGAACGCAUUGUGGACACGUUGUGCAAGGUGCGAGGAGCUGCCCUGAAGAUCGGCCAGAUACUGAGCAUCCAGGAUUCCAGUGUGGUGUCGCCGCAGCUGGCCAAGGCCUUUGAGCGGGUGCGCCAGGCGGCGGACUACAUGCCCGACUGGCAGGUGGAGCGGGUGAUGAACACCCAGUUGGGGGCCGAUUGGCGCCAGCGGUUGAGCCACUUUGAGGCGAAACCGUUUGCGGCCGCCUCCAUUGGCCAGGUGCAUCGGGCCAGGCUGCUUGAUGGCAUGGAUGUGGCCAUCAAAAUCCAAUAUCCCGGCGUGGCCCAGAGCAUCGAGAGCGACAUCGACAAUCUGGUGGGCAUGCUCAAGGUGUGGGACGUCUUUCCGCAGGGCUUCUUCAUCGACAACGUGGUGCGCGUGGCCAAGCGGGAGCUGCAGUGGGAGGUGGACUACGAUCGCGAGGCGGAAUACACGGAGAAGUUCCGCCAGAUGAUCGCCCCCUAUCCGGAGUACUAUGUGCCGCGUGUGGUGCGCGACCUGACCACCUCCAGUGUCCUCACCACCGAACUGGUGCCGGGCGUGCCGCUCGACAAGUGUUUCGACUUGAGCUACGAGCAUCGCGCCCACAUAGCCGCCUCCGUGCUGAAACUCUGCCUGCGUGAGCUGUUCGAGAUCGAGUGCAUGCAGACGGAUCCGAAUUGGUCCAACUUCCUGUACGACGCACCCAGUCGCCGACUGAUGCUGAUCGAUUUUGGCUCGACUCGCUUCUACAGGCAUGAGUUCAUCCGCAACUAUCGGCAGGUGAUCAUGAGUGCGGCGGAGGACAAUCGGCAGGGCGUGCUGGAGAUGUCGCGCCAGAUGGGCUUCCUCACCGGCUACGAGACGAAGCAGAUGGAGCAGGCGCACGUGGAUGCGGUGAUGAUCCUGGGCGAGAUCUUUCGCUACGACGGCGAGUUCGACUUUGGCAGGCAGAACACCACCGAGCGGCUGGCCGCCUUGGUGCCCACCAUGGUGGCCCAUCGACUGUGCCCGCCGCCCGAGGAGAUCUACUCCAUCCAUCGCAAGCUCUCCGGGAUUUUCCUGCUGUGCGCCAGACUCAAUGUGCGCAUGAACUGCGUUCCCUUCUACAAGGACAUCGUGCUGGGCAAAUUCAAGGACUAGUGAGGACUUGCUCCGUCCAAUCUCUUUUGCCAAGUAGCAGAGGUAACACUUAAGGGCGCUUUAUUUGUGAAUGCAACUGGCUCCUUUCUUUUAUUUUUUAUCUGUAGUAGUAGUAGUAACACUUAAGUGCGCUUAUAUGUAAAUGCAAUUGGCGACUUACUUGGUUGUAUUUGUUCUGGGAGUCUUUGUUCCGAGGAGAUCCAUGAAACAGCCAGUGGACGUAUAUUAAAAUAAAAAAAUAACACAUAACUAAAUGGGACAAGCUCUGCAGUUAGGAAUGGCAUAGCACAAAAGUUGUUAAGCAAGUGUAAAUCUAACACUUGGUAUUUUUUGUUGCCACAAUGGUGAAAUACAUUUUUUUUAAUUUUAAACACAAAUUUGGGUCUGUAAAUAGGUGUUAAUUAAAAAGGUUCAUAACAAAAAAAAAAAACAGUGUUUAAAAGAUUAUUUUGUAAUUAUAUUAACAGAUGAAUAUGAAAUAUAUUUUAAUAUAGUUCAUUAACAAAUAUUUUAAAGGUGGAAUGUGUUCAAUUUUACUUGAUUAUGUGUAACGAAUUCAACCACUAUCGUCUCUACAUUAAAGAGAUCUUAAAAAACCAAUAAAAAACCUUUGGUUUGUUCCUUAUUCAAUCGAGUAUUUCACCCACCGAAAAGUAUGCACCUAAAUAUUUCCUU